CUCUUGAAUGAGUAGAUGUUAUAAAACGUUUGACCGGUAGUGUAUGUUUAUUAAUUUAGUGACUAAGGGCCCUAGAGACAUGUCUCUGUGAAUGCAGAGGAGAGGAGACGUGGGGACGUGGGAAGGGGUGACGACAACAGCUGCCUCCCACAUGGCAUCCUAUUCCCUAUAUAGCUCACUUUUUGACCAGCACUAUAUAGGGAGUAGGGUUCCAUUUUUGGGACUCACACAACGUCUCUAAUUAUUCACAUUAGUGAUUACCCUGCAGCUGUCUGACGCCAAGCCUCAGCGGCUGGCUGCUAAAUCAUAUUUGGCACCGUCGUUAUCAGUUGUUUAGGGAAGUGGAGCGAGACAGGAGAUUGUAAUCCCUGAUUGCAAUGAACUGAAGUUUGGAGUCAGUUUGUGUCUUCUCUCAAGAAGAACGGUGGGGAGAUGGAGAUAGCAAAAGAAAGAGAGCGUGCGUGCGUUUACGUCUACAGUACCCGUGUCUGUGUGUGGUGUGUGAAAUAUAAGCCAAAUGAACAUUAUAUACAGUAGGCCUAUAUUAAGACCUUGUUCUAUAACUCUGUGCUAUUCAGAGGUGAUGCCUGUGUUCCACCUUGUUCUGUUACUCAGUCUUUUCAGAGAUGAUGCCUGUGUUCCACCUUGUUCUGUUACUCAGUCUAUUCAGAGAUGAUGGCUGUGUUCAACCUUGUUCUGUUACUCAGUCUAUUCAGAAAUUAUGACUGUGUUCAACCUGGUUCUGUUACUCAGUCUAUUCAGAGACGAUGGCUGUGUGUUCAACCUUGUUCUGUUACUCAGUCUAUUCAGAAAUGAUGGCUGUGUUCAACCUUGUUCUGUUUCUCAGUCUAUUCAGAGAUGAUGGCUGUGAUCAACCUUGAAUAUUUGCCAACUUCAGCCUACAACACCAACAUCCCCCUUACUUAAUCCCUGGCAAAUGAAACAGACCCCCUUUAGACAAGCUGUUAGAAAGGUCCUGAUAACAUCCUGAAGCUCCUCAGACUUUAAUCUUCCUCUCCCAUUCAGCAGCACCAGAAAUCAUCUGUCCUGUAUAUCAUAUGGUUCCCAUUGGUUCAGCUGGAGGGUAUUGUCCCAAAUGGCACCCUAUUCCCUAUGUAGUGCACUAAAUUUGACCAGAGCCCUAUGGGUAGUGGUCAAAUGUAGUGCACUAUAUACAGUAGGGAGUAUGGUGUCAGAGUACUACAGUAUAUAGGGAUUGGGUGCCAUUUGGGAGCAGCUCUAAUGUGUGUGAGUAAUGCAGGGGAGGUGUGUUUACUUACAUUACUGUCAUCUUUUGUGUUUUAAUUCACUCACUUCCUCUGCACGGCGCACACAGCAGCCUGGAGGAGAAUAUCCACACGCAUUUUAAAGUUGUCUUUGCAGCCUGUAGCUUUUACAGCAUCGCUCUUAGGGUUGCACAAUUCCGGUAACGAAGAAUAAAUUCCCAGAUUGUCCAGAAUACCUAGUUGGAAGAUUCUGAAUUUCUUGAUUCCCUCCUGAUUUCAGAAAUCCUCUAACUGGGUUUUCGGGAAAACCAGGGAAUUUAUUGAUUAUUCCCUCCUGAUUUCAGAAAUCCUCUAACUGGGUUUUCGGGAAAACCAGGGAAUUUAUUGAUUAUUCCCUCCUGAUUUCAGAAAUCCUCUAACUGGGUUUUCGGGAAAACCAGGGAAUUUAUUGAAAGUUCCCAGAAUUUUGCAACUCUAGCUCUGACAGAAAGCAGAACCCUCCGACUGGGUCUGAACUGACAUAGGCAGAAGAAGAAGAUGGAGUAUUUUUCCAUUGUCAUUUUUUUGUGCAAUGGGUUCAAUGGGAUGAUACCCAGUUGUCCUUCAUCUUUUCACAUGGUUUUCUAUAACAGGACGUUUCCAUUGAGUGAAAGUCCCUCCUGGUUUCAAGUGGGUUAAUGACUGAGAUGAUUAAUGACAUGUGGAAAUUGUCUCUACCCCCUUAGUUCAUAUAAAUGCCAAAAUUACAUAUUUAUUUUCUGACCUCAACCAGUUUCACAACUGUUCAGUUAACCAUGACACUUGUUGCCUAAUGUUAAGGUAUUGCUUCUAGGGCCCUUGGGGUUCAUUUUGAUCCAGCACCAGAAGAUACAACUGCCUCCAUACUCGCCCUACAGCCCAACAGUCUGUCUCACUGGUGUGGUAUGAGAUGUUUAAUGUACGAGUUUGUUUUACCGUUCUCCCAUCACUUACUUAGUUUAUUGAAAGAUCACAGGAGCCUACAUGAAUAUGAAGUCAUCCUGCAGCGAAGGGUCUGUCUAAACAACGCUUAGAAUGUCCUCAAACGUUCAAUUCAUGAUGUCCAGUCCGAACCACUUGGACUGGAAUGAAACAAACAUUCAACCAGUGUCUCUUGGACAUUGCAGGCAACAGAGUUCUAAUUCCAUGUCAGAAGUAGAGUUGCCUGCUUUAGAUCCAGUCCAGUAUAUACACCUUAACUCAGGUCUGUAGAUCCAGUCCAGUAUAUACACCUUAACUCAGGUCUGUAGAUCCAGUCCAGUAUGUAUACCUUAACUCAGGUCUGUAGAUCCAGUCCAGUAUAUACACCUUAACUCAGGUCUGUAGAUCCAGUCCAGUAUGUAUACCUUAACUCAGGUCUGUAGAUCCAGUCCAGUAUAUACACCUUAACUCAGGUCUGUAGAUCCAGUCCAGUAUAUACACCUUAACUCAGGUCUGUAGAUCCAGUCCAGUAUGUACACCUUAACUCAGGUCUGUAGAUCCAGUCCAGUAUGUAUACCUUAACUCAGGUCUGUAGAUCCAGUCCAGUAUGUAUACCUUAACUCAGGUCUGUAGAUCCAGUCCAGUAUAUACACCUUAACUCAGGUCUGUAGAUCCAGUCCAGUAUGUACACCUUAACUCAGGUCUGUAGAUCCAGUCCAGUAUGUAUACCUUAACUCAGGUCUGUAGAUCCAGUCCAGUAUGUAUACCUUAACUCAGGUCUAUAGAUCCAGUCCAGUAUGUAUACCUUAACUCAGGUCUGUAGAUCCAGUCCAGUAUGUAUACCUUAACUCAGGUCUGUAGAUCCAGUCCAGUAUAUACACCUUAACUCAGGUCUGUAGAUCCAGUCCAGUAUGUAUACCUUAACUCAGGUCUGUAGAUCCAGUCCAGUAUGUAUACCUUAACUCAGGUCUGUAGCUCCAGUCCAGUAUAUACACCUUAACUCAGGUCUGUAGAUCCAGUCCAGUAUGUAUACCUUAACUCAGGUCUGUAGAUCCAGUCCAGUAUGUAUACCUUAACUCAGGUCUGUAGAUCCAGUCCAGUAUAUACACCUUAACUCAGGUCUGUAGAUCCAGUCCAGUAUGUACACCUUAACUCAGGUCUGUAGAUCCAGUCCAGUAUGUAUACCUUAACUCAGGUCUGUAGAUCCAGUCCAGUAUGUAUACCUUAACUCAGGUCUGUAGAUCCAGUCCAGUAUAUACACCUUAACUCAGGUCUGUAGAUCCAGUCCAGUAUGUAUACCUUAACUCAGGUCUGUAGAUCCAGUCCAGUAUGUAUACCUUAACUCAGGUCUGUAGAUCCAGUCCAGUAUGUAUACCUUAACUCAGGUCUGUAGAUCCAGUCCAGUAUAUACACCUUAACUCAGGUCUGUAGAUCCAGUCCAGUAUGUACACCUUAACUCAGGUCCAGCAGAGUAGGGGUCCUUUUUUGGUAGUGGGGGGCGAUGUGCUGUGUUUGGUUCCUGCUCAUUUUCAGGAGGGACCAUUCAAUGAAACACAGCUCCCUGGGCUUUGUCAUGGUGACACAAUGUUUAGGGGGCUGGGACGAGAAGAGUUGACUAGGACUGUAUUAGGCUGGUGAUCUCCAAUGCCCACAGACAGUUCAUAGUAAACACCCUGGGAAGAUAGGUAACACUUGUGUUGCUAUUUUACCUGUGUAAUAACACUGUAAUUAAACCAGUAACAGAGUUGUAUUAGCAUGUUGUUACAUAAUACUUUAGUAAAUACAUUAUUUUGACCGUUUCAAUAAUGCAACUGGUUUGAUACCUCAAAAUGAGUCAGCACAGCUCACAGCAAUAUACUUUUCAGCUCAUUCUGCUGAACAUCAAUACUUUUUGUGUGAUAACAGAGUACUGACAGUGCAAGAGAAAUUAGGUCCCUAACAGGAAAUGUGGAAAAGGUUGAGACUCAUUCUGGAAGAUGAAUGUGUCUAGAAGAGGUUCACUCAUGGGUCAUUACUUAGCUGGUACCAGAGACAGACUGGCCAUAGGACAGUUCUGGCAAAUGCCAGAUGGGUCGUCCAUCUUUAGCCCGGUGGGCCUGUCUGAAUUGGGCUUUUUCUGGUGUUCCCCAGUCUGUCCCUGAGUGGUACUGUACUGAAAUGAUGUUUUCCAGUCUAGAAGUGUCAAGUGGAAUCAUCAAACUAACUUCUCACUUCAAAUGAUCUUUGUUAUGAUUCACUUUGGUUUUCCUUGCUAACUUAAUGUUUGUAUUGAUGUAAAUAAUGGAAUGUGUGUUUUAAAGAGAUCCCAGAUCUUGAGUUGAAAUGUAGUCAUAUGUGCCUCAUGGCUGUUAUAGGAGGAUGCCACUUGAUUUUUCUCAUUUGUAUGAAACCUCUGAAAUCAGCUUUUGUGAAAAAGACUUACCAAUUUCCAGUUACUUUUUUUUCAGUCUCACAGGAAUAAAUUCCGGGAUAUUCCACAAGACUGUAUUCGCUUCCCAAAUGGCACCCUAUUCCCUUUAUAGCACACUAUAGUGCCCCCUGGUCAAAAGUAGCGCACUAUAAAUGGAACAGGGUGCCAUUUAGGAAACAGUCUGUGGUACAGAGAGUCCUUGUUUAGUGAUGUCACAGUUCAUGUAAACUUAGGAAGACUUCCUCUCUAAGUAUCCUCAGCUAAAAGACCGGGGACCGGAUUAGUUAGUGUGAUGCUGAGCGGAAGAGCAGACAGGGAGGCUAAGGCACAGAGAGACAGAACUGUGGGGUUUCCUUUUAAAUGUUUAGAUAUGGGAAGAGUGCAGAGCCGUAUGCUGGGGAGCAGAGGACCAGAGGUAAACAGUGAAAUGAGGCGUUGACACAGUAGAGGCAUAAACUAGGAAGCCUUAGGGGCAGUGAGGUUCUGGACUGAGGAGGCCCUGGUCUCUCUACUAACCUCAAGGGGACCAAGACGUAACCUCAAACUGGCCAACAGAUUUAUUGAUCUCCUCACUCGUCUCUAGGCGUUGAGGCCGCGGGGCCAACCACAGAACCAUGGAGCCUGCCUAUACUGGGAUGUCACUGGAUAACUCAACCUCAACAGUGAUGCCCAUGGCGACCUCCGCCGGCAACACCAAUGUGAGCAGAGAGCCGUACAUGCACCGCCUGGCCCAUCUAGACGAGGGUCUCUACAAUGACUUCUACAGCCUGUGGAUCUGUCUGGUGGUGGUCAACACACUCAUCUUCAUGGUGGGAAUGGUUCUCAACACCCUGGCCCUGUACGUGUUCUGCUUCCGCACCAAGCCCAAGACAACCUCAGUCAUCUACACCAUCAAUCUGGCUGUCACAGACCUACUGGUUAACCUCUCCCUGCCCACACGUAUCAUUCUCUAUUACAGUGGGGGAAAGUGCCUCAACUGCUCCUACGUGCAUAUAUUCAGCUACUUUGUCAACAUGUACUGCAGCAUCCUCUUCCUCACCAGUAUAUGCGUGGACAGAUACCUGGCCAUAGUACAGGCUGAGGCCUCUAGGAAGUGGAGGAACCCUAACGUGGCCAAGGGGGUGUGCAUUUUCAUCUGGCUCUUCGCUAUCGUGGUCACCUACUCCUUCCUCACCACAGCGUUCCGACACGCGGGCUGCUGCGUCUCCAAGCUCUUCGUCCUGACCGUCUUUGAGUUCUUCCUCCCCUUGGUCGUCAUUGUGGUGUUCACCGUGCGCAUCAUGUGUGCCCUGUCCAACUCCAGUCUGAUGCAGCAGAGCAGAGAGAGGCGCGUGCGGGCCGUGCAGCUCCUCACCACUGUCCUGGUCAUCUUCACCAUCUGCUUCACCCCGUUCCACGUCAGGCAGGUGCUGGUGUACUUCUACCCCGACAUGCCCCACCACAUCAUUGUCUACCACGUCACUGUCACCCUCAGCAGCCUGAACAGCUGCAUGGACCCCAUCGUCUACUGCUUCGUCACCAACAACUUCCAGUCCAGCAUGAGGGGCUUCUUCCGCAAGGCGGAGGCAGAGCUGGAGCAGACCAGUGGGAACAUCAUCAGCAUGCAGAAUAGCUCCAAGGGCUCGGGGACUGUCACAGCUAUCGCUCACAGUGUGAUGAUGAACGUCCUGUCCUCCUCCUCUCCCCAGCAUGGGAACCACAUAGCGUUAGACUGAGAAAGGGAUGGGAAGAUUGAGGAAUGGGAUGUUCAGUGUUCAGAGAGAGAUGGACUUCUAUUGCCUAACUGUGACACUCUGGAGUGCAAUUGACAUACUACAGUAGGCUAUUCUCCCAUUUGAGAAAAUGCUUUCCUGCUUCUAUUAUUGUAGCCUAUUGUUGACUUGGAAAUGUAAGUACUUGAAGACAUUUUCGGACAAGAAACGUUAUUUCUCCUGUGUUGGCCUACACCAGUCACGAUGGAGGGCAUUGACACUGAAUACGACCUAUAACGUGUUUAUUGCAGCAUGAUUUAUUUCUACUGUAUAAUUAUCAUCUGAGGAGUAUUUGUUUACUUUGAUCCUAGAUUUGAUGGACCUCUGACAAAAUAGACAAGUAAUAUUCUACUGCAUUGCUAUGGAAACAAAUAGAAAUAUAUGAUUAACAGCUUCUGUAGAUUAAUGUGUGACAUUGUUGUCACAAUACAUAUUUAUCGUCAGCCUUCUCAGAAACUGGUUUUAUGCUAAACUUAUAUUACUGGCAAAUAUUACCAAACCAAUUGUCCAAAAACAUAUAGAAUAAAACAUACAAAACCUUAUUGAUUUUAUAGCAAGAACUCAUUUAAUUUAGUUUGUAUUACUGUUGGAGGGCCAGUAGCGUGCACUCUUCACUCUGCCCCAGGGCAGUGAAGGGGAUAUUUAUUGACCUGUGUAGG